AUGGAUGUCGUAGACCUGUCUACGCAAUUUGGACCAUUACUGCGAUCAGUUGAUGUGUGGGAGUCUGGUGAUUCAGAAGUCUGUAUGCACCAAGUAGCCGACGAAGGAGGGGCCGUAGUGGACUCCGGAGACUGGCAGACAACGCUCGAUACAUAUGCCUGGAAGCCGCUUCCUCCAGUGCCUCUCAAUCUCAAGGACAAUGUGCCCCGGACCCCCAGAGCCCUGGAGACGCCUCCGGUGAAUUUCCUCCCGCAACACUCAUCGUCGCUGUGGGACAGAACCGGAGGAUCUGAUAUGGAUUCUCUAUGCCCGGUGCGGGCCGACCACGCCAUAGAACUAGACCCUAACCUUGACCCUAAAAACAAACCACUACCGCUAGAGCCAUCCGACAGUAGCAUGCAACAUCAGCCCCCAUCGGGACCAGAAAACGAGAAAAGUGGCGAUGAAGAGCCCAGAGCUCUGCGUCUCUCACCCUUUCCUACCGGCGGCACAGAUCUCAGUUGCUUGAUAGUUGGCUUGACAGCUGAACAAGGACAACUCCCUGUCUGCUUGCCAGACAGAGUGGAAAGUGUGAAGCCUGAGCGUAGAUUGCAGAUGAAGCAGAAGGUGCGUCGUGGUGCGUCCCACGUUGAUCCUUCAACGGAAAUGUCUCCCCCACGUAUAUCAAAUGGCAAUCUCAACCGAGGUCUGCUAAUGAGGGCCGGAGUCUGUCUCCUCUGUUCAAAAAUCGAAGGGCUCCAAAGGGUCACUGCUCCAGUCCCCGGCAAGGAAAGCCUCAUGUAUUGA